AUGAAUUUUUCAAAAUUAUUAUUUUCAAUAAUAGUAGUUUUAACAGUUGUGGUACUAUUAUUUAAUAAUGAAAAUAUUUUAGUUGAAGCACAAGUUGGUAAUCUUUGUAUUAAAUGUUUAGAAUUUGGUGAAAGUUGUAAUUCAAAUGGUGCUUGUAGUAAAGAUAGUGUUUGUACAAGCGAUACUGAAAGAUUUCAAGAAAAUCCUGUUUGUUCAGAACCAAAAGAACUCGGUCAAGAUUGUAAAAAUGAUGAACAAUGUCGUUUGGGAACUAAAUGUAAAAAAGAAUUAAAUAAUGAAUUUGGUUCUUGUUCUGAUAUUAAAUUCGCACAAGUUGGAGAAAAAUGUUCACAAGAUUUUGAUUGUUCAGGUAGACUUUUAAAAUGUAAAGAAGGAAUUUGUGUAAAACCAACUGGUGAUUUACCAUGUGGUGUAGAGAAUCCAUGUCCAUUUGGUGAAUACUGUCAAUAUUCAAGCAAAACUUGUAAUAAACAAUUAAAAGAAAAUGAUAAUUGUUUACAAUCAACUCAAUGUCCAGUUGGUCAUUUUUGUGAUGAAACCUCUAAAAAAUGUAAAAAAUCUUUCACUUUAUUAGAAAAUGAUAAAUGUGCUAGUUUUUCACAUGAUCAAUGUAAUACUGAUCUUGAUUUAUAUUGCGCAAAAGCAGGAAUUUGUGAAAAACUUAAUAUUACAUAUCCAGGAUUAUGUUUAAGAAUGGAGAAUCAUUGUUCACCAUUUCAUCAAUGUUCAUGUUCAGAUUAUAAAUGUCAUCCAACCAGAGAGUUUGGAUCAAGUUUCGUAAAGACAUAUAAGGAUUUCAAUCAAUGUAUUGAGAAACAUAAGUGUCAAUUCACCUAUAAUAGAUUUUCAAAUAAUUCAUGUAUCACCAAAAAUUGUGGUCCACAAUUUUGUAAAUUCAAUAGAGCACUCCAACCUGAUAAUCAAUUGAAUUGUGGUAAAGUUGCCAUUACCAAUUAUUGUCAAACCGUUAACCAUCUCUUCCCACCAAUUAAAUCAAAAAUCUUUUUAAAUCAUUCAAAAGAAGAUUUAUUCUUUUUUGCAACUUCUAUUCCUUUCUUAAUUUUAUUCUUUUCAGUUUAUGUUGAAAUUAAAUUAGCAAGAAAAGAAAGAUUAGAUUUAAUUCAUAGUCAUAGAGAUAUUUCUUAUGAUUCUGACGAGGAUCAUAAUAAUUUUAAUAAUCAUAAUAAUAAUAAUAAUAAUAAUAAUAAUAAUACAAAUAAUGAUGAAUUCGACGAUUAUAUUGAAGAUGAUAUUGAUGAAAAUAAAAGAGAAUAA